AUGAUGGAGAAGGAAAUAUUUUGUGGAGAAAUCAAGGAAAACCCAGUGGAAAGUCUUAAAUGCUUGCUGAAUGAACUGUGCAUACCUUUACUGAGGGCCCAAAAAGACUGGGGUUCCUGCAGCCAGAAGAGUGUCACUCAUUUUCUAUCAAGUCUGGAGAAAUAUGUUGCAGCCAUUGAAGAAGCUGCUGUUAUAAACAACUCAGAAAAGCAACAUUUAACAAUUUUGAAGAGACCACAGAACAUUAUCAGUGCAGACCUUCUACAGCAGAGAUCUAUGACCCUGGAUUCAAAGAUUGUCAGUGAAAAUGAAGCCCUACUUUCUGAAUGGAUUAAAACCAUUGAACAGGUUUUGGUGGAAACUGUGGAUGAAAGGUUUCUAGACAUCAGCACUACUCCCCUGACUGAACUUCAGCACUGGCACCAGAGACAGAAGAUGUUGGGAUUCAUAACAGAGCAACUAAGAGGAAAAGAAUGCAAAUCUGUUAUUGGAGUCAUCAUAUCUGCCAAAUCAAGAUUACUAAAGAGGUGGAAAGCCGUGGAUAUUGGCAUUACAGAAGCAACCAAUGCUACAAAGGACCGUGUUAAGUACCUGGAGGCACUUCAUCGUCAUCUGGAAGCUUUGUCUAGUGACACUGACCCAGUAAACCUGGUGAACAGCACAAUCCCUACCUUCUUCAGUGGCAUCCAGCAGAUUGAAAACAUGACAAAGUUCUUCUCAAAAAAUGGCUAUUUGGGACUCUUACUUACUAAGGUAUCAAAUCAGUUAACACAGAACUGUAAGUUAUUCCUGAAAGAAAGUCUUACAGCUGGAGGGUCAGAAGACAGACUCUGGAACGUAAUAAGAAAUCAUAUGGCAUCAAAUAAAGCAGAAUCUGCUUCGACUGGGGGUGGAGAAGAGAAAAACAAAGAUAAAGCAGCUAUUUUAAAAAGCAACAGCUCUUUCUAUGAAAGAAUACAAGCUUGCAUUGCAGUACGCAACUGUUUUCAGGAGGAAUUACAUCGAUUACGUGACUGGCUGUUUGGAGCACAUGGGCUUCAUCGAUACUCAUCUCUCAGCUCUGUUUCUACUGCGCCUGGGAGAUUAUCUUCUUUGCAGACUACCAAGACUAAUAAAACAAGUCUGAAGAUGCCACCAUCACUAACAUCCAGCACAGACCAGCAGCAAGAGUACCAGAACAGUGGUGUGGCUAUUACGGACGAUGAUAUAAUUAUGUACCACUUAGAAGCUCUGAGCACCAAGCUUAAACAAACUCUGGAUAUUAUGGAAAAGCUACAAGAGUAUAAAAUAUUAUCCAGCAUGACAGAAGGUCUGCGAAAGCCUGUCCAGGAAGACCUAAUUGAAGAUGAUAACAGUGAAUCUGGAAGCAUCUGUGGAACCACUAAUGAGGAAAUUAAGGGAACAGAUUUUCAGACUGAAGCUAUACCUCACCAGCAUCAAAUGCUAAGGCAAACUGCAAGUUCUCCUGGGAAGUUGCACACUCUUGUUGAGGAGGAUGAGGCUCAGAUGAAUAUUGAUGACUCCUCCAUGCUAACAGUUCCUUCUGUGAGACAUGGAGAUUCUCCUUACACAGCACCAUCUGACUUGAAAAUUGAUGAACCCUCAGCAGAUGAAGAAGACACAGAAAUGAUGCUUUCAAAUGAGGAGAAACAUAUGUUAGCUAACCUUUAUAACAGAGAAGAUAUGGAUGAUGACGACUGCACAUUGUCCUCAGUUUUGAUGGAAAAGCUGGAGCAAAUGAUUGAACUGCUGGCUCAGUAUAUAGAUGCUGACAUAUUGCUAGACACAGAGAGAAGGGAUCAUAACCCUUUUGAAGAGGGGUAUUCAGAAUUCUUAGUAUUGAACCAGCAAACUGAAAAGUACAUCUCUGUGUACAUACAAGCUUUGUUCCUUAGACGAAUAACGUGCAAAGAUGCUUUGUCUAUUCUUCAACGGUUUUCUUCUGUGAAACAUAGGCAAGGGAUACAGCACAUCAUAAAUGAGUGUUAUGUAGAAGUUUUUGACUGGUUCUAUGAUGAACUAAAGGAGGUUCAGCAAUUAUAUGAAACCUUUAAGCCUGCAGACUUCUUUGUAGUGGUACAGCGGUUAGUCUAUGCAGAUACCUCGAUAGACAGCAUCUCAGAUGCCUGGGUGACUGUUCAGACCUCAUCUUAUGCCAGCUUUGGGCUUAUGGUCUUCAAUAAGCUCUUUGAGCUGCAGGCAGAAGAGCCAGUCUUAUCAAGGAAUAUGCCACCAGCAGUUGGUGCAAUUACCUGGUCACGAAAGCUGAUGUCAAGGAUUGAAAAUACAAUGAAAGCUUUCAAAAAUGUGAGAAUUGUAGCAUCAUGCCUCACAUAUUCACAUACAGUAAAGCUGUACAAUCGAUUAGCUUCUGCCUUGCUGUCAUACGAAGAUCUGUGGUAUUUGAAGUGGAAGUCUCAGGUAGACAGAGGCCUGAGUGGACUUAAUUUUACAUUACUUGUCCGAGACCCAGCUACACAACAGCUGAGGGUCAACACUGAUAUGCGAAUAAUCCACCUGAUUGAAGAGACAAAAUGGAUGUUGAGACUUGGAAUCAGUGUUCCAGAAGCUGCUCUUCAAGCACAUCAGCAGGCAGAUAAAUUCAAGAUGUACAAAAGCAAUUUGCAAGACGUGGUUGAAGAGUAUGAAAGGAUUCAGAGGAAGAUUCCAAAAAACCUUGCUGUUUUGUUUGCCUCCCACUUGGAAAGAGUAAAGCACCAAUUCCAACCAGGGUUAUCCACUUUAUCCUGGAGCAGUGUUAACAUAGAAGGCCUUCUUCAUCAAACUAGUACUACUGUUAAAAGGUUGCAAUGUAUUGUUGAUAAGGUUACAGAAAUUAAAGAGCAAGUGAUUGAGAGCACACUUAAGGAGAUCUCCUGUUUUGACUUAGUUCCGGUGGAGAAGAUCACAGAUGUCCCCAAGAAUCCUGUGGAGUUUGUGCAAUUCAUGGAGCUUAUUCUGGUGGAAAGGAAGGCUAAGUUAGAAGCAAUGGCAUCUACCAUUAGAAAUGCAUUUGAGGAUAUCUUAAAAUCACUGAAGUCUUUCCAGGAAUCCACAAAGGAAAAUAACAGGCCAUCUGCUUGUUCGAGGUCUACAGCUUCUAAUUCCAGGAUGAAAAGAACAACAUGUAAACCACAGACAGUGUCCUUAUCCUCAGAUAACUCCAUUGUGGAUUACCCCGAAGAAAUCACCAGUCAAGUCCUGGAAUCACUCAGUGAGCAGUUGUAUCAGGCUGUGUUCACCUGUAUAUUGCAUUCAUUAGUCAUCCUAGCACAGCUUAUAGGCUGUGACAUGGAAUCUUUUACAACUGAACUUCUAGGAUCCGGUCAAAAAUCAGACGGAUUCAACCAUCAGGAAAAGAAGCCACUUCUCGAUACAUCUAAUCUUCUUCUGGGACCUAAAAUUCAGGAACAGAGACUGAGGUUUAAGCUGUCUCUCAUAUUUAAAAUACCGCACAUCCUUAUAAAUCCCCCUAUGGAUGUUGCUCAGGAUGCCAUCAAGCAAGUUGUUCUUUCCAUUAUAAACAUCAGUGAUUCUCUGAGCUGGUGGUCUGGAGAGAGGAAGGGGCAAGCUUUUAAAGUGUCUAUAGCUGCACAUAACAAACUGCAACACAUUGUGACAAAGGUUGAGACAACAAUGCGAGAUAUUCACCCAGUGGUAAAGAAGCAUGUUUUCAGCCUAAGUUGUUACGACUUCCUGUGGUCAGAUAACAUGUACAAGCAAAGCGAGGAGUUUUUAAAUGCCAAUCCAGGCCUUGCCAUCAUUCACAAGGAAGUGAAACGACUUUUAGAUAUUGAAGAGAAAAUAAAAGGUUAUCCUGAGGUUUUGGAAUUGGGUUGUAUAUGUCUUGAUUACUCUUUGUUGAAGGACACCCUAAAUGGAUUUGCAGGAAGCUGGAAGUCUCAUUAUGCAACAAUAUUACAUCAGCGUGUUAAGGAUGAUCUUCACCGUGUUGUUCAAUACAGAGAGACAGUAUGGCAGCAGCUCACUACACCAGUGGAAAGCCUAGAACAGUUAAACUCCAUCUUAACACUGCUAGAAGAUCUGCAGGACAUGGAAAAUAAAAUAGAUGAAGUGUAUCGGCCUAUAGAAGUCAUGUAUGAACAUCUAAGGUCCUAUAAGCUGCGUAUACCUAGAGAAGAAGUAAAUGAUGUAGCAAACUUGAGGCAUAAAUGGUUGGAGCUAAUGGAUCUUACUAGUGUGGUGAAGGAGACCUUGUUGAAGGAAAAGCAAGAUAUAUUCAAGCAGGAACUUGAUAAGCAAGUUAAAAGUUUUAUUGUAGAGGUGAUCCAGUUUCGCAAUCGUUUUGAUACACAAGGCCCAGCAGCGCCUGGAGUGAAGCCAGAAGAGGCUGUGACUAGGCUGCAUGAUUUCAAUGAGAAAUACCAAAUCUUUGAUGCUAAAAGGAAAACACUGAAUUCAGUACAAAGGCUAUUCAAUAUUGUUCCAAAGACUUUCCGAGAAUUGGACAGGACUGGAAAGGAUCUGCAGCUACUGGGAACACUUUAUAUCUUGUUUCAGAAGUUCAUUGGCUUUGAUCAAAGAUUCAGGAACACUCUAUGGGCAGAAGUAGAUCUAACCAUAAGUAAUCAGGAGAUUGAAGAAUACUGGUCUGAGUGUCAAAUCUGGAAUGAUAAACUGAAGGACUGGGAUGCAUACAUUGAAAUGGCUCAUGAAAUCAAAUUCUAUGAAGACAUAUUUCCACUUCUACAUGAAUUCAAAUCCAAGGAAAUCCGGAACCGUCACUGGCUUCAAGUAAUGUCAGUUACUGGAAGCUCUUUUCCCCUUGAAGCAAAUGUCUUUAAAGUGUCCCAUCUUCUGGAUACCGGACUGUUGAAGUUUAAGGACCAGUUAAUUUCCAUAGCAAAAGCAGCAAAGAAGGAAAUGGAUCUGGAGAUUAAAAUGAGGAAGGUUGAGGAGGAAUGGAGUGAGCAGGUGCUGAGCUUCAAGCCCUACAAAAACAAAGUAGUGUUGGUGAAGGAAGACUCCAUGCUGCUAUUGGAAGAACUGGAGGAUGCUCAAGUACUUCUUGCACAGAUGCUGACUUCAAAGGAAAUUGAUCCACUAAGAGAGGAGGCGACAACUUGGGCAGAGAAGCUGAAAAAUGUUGGUGAGGUGUUAGAGCUGUGGAUAGAAGUACAAGAGCUUUGGCAACACCUAGAAGAAAUAUACAAUAAUCCUACUAUAAUCCAGGAGCUACCUCAGGAUGCAAGAAGAUUUGCUAAAGUCAACAGACGAUGGAGUCUGAUGAUGAUCUCUGCAUACAAAACAAAAAAUGUUUUGCAGUGCUGCUGCACCGGUGAUGUCCCUAAAGAAGUUCUUCUUAGACAUUUCUACCAGGAGCUAGAGAUCUGUUUCUCCUCUCUCAAUUCUUACCUUGGCAGGAUGAGACAAGCUUUCUCUCGCUUCUACUUCCUGUCAGAUUUGGCACUAGUGUCUGUGCUCAGCCGCCCUUGUGAUAUUAAAUAUCUUCAGCAUCAUUUGAGGUCAUUGUUUGGUGGCAUUGCCUCUAUAGAGGUGGAGGAAGUUGAGGAAGAAGAAAGUGUGAGCUCUGAGGAAGAGGCAGCUGAGGAGCCAGGUCCCAUUCUUGACUUCCUUAGUGUUCCCAUUGCCUCUAGUUUAGGAGCUUGGCUCAGUAAACUUCACAGUAAUGUGCGUACUUCACUGAACAACAGAAUCUUCAAAGUAAUUGAAGACAUUAAUCAAGGAGUGGCUAUAGAUGAAUGGGCACAGAAGUAUCCUACUCAAGUGGUAGUACUUGGUCUGCUUUACCUGUGGACCAGAGACUUUGAAACAUCUGUCUCUGAGUUUAGACAAGAUCGGAAGGCACAAUCUCGACUCUUUAAAAAAUAUUCCACAUUGGCACUGAAGCUUUCCACUAUCGCUUCAAGAGGGCACUGGAAGAAUAUGGAAGAGCCAGUAUCCCAAGCUCAGAGGCUGAAGCUGGAAAAUAUAAUCAUGAUUUUACAGCAGAGGAAUGGAGUGGCCCUCCAAGGUGAUCAUGGAGUUGGUAAAACCGAAACAGUAAAGGAUGGAUGCUGGAGCUGUUUUGAUGAUUUUCACCUCCUCCCUGAGCAGGCAGUCUCUGUCUUCAUGCACAAUGCCCGGGCCCUUUAUGACUCAUUCAAUGCCAGACUAUCUAAGAUCACUAUACAAGAUGGAUGCAAGGUUGAAGCACACCCCAACUGCGGCCUGUUUCUCACUGUCUCCAAAACAGGAUUCCAGAAUCUACCUAAUGAUGUUCAAGCCAUAUUUAGAGCAGUCUCUUUGGUUGUUCCCAACCACACUGCACUUCUCAAGGCUAAACUUACCAGCCUUGGCUUCAAAGGUUCCAAGAUCAUCGCCACCAGACUACAACUCAUCUCAGACCUGCUCAAAGAACAACUCUCAGAGGAAUAUCACCGACAUAUCAGCUUCCAGUCUAUGGUAGAAGUCAUAUACCGGGCAUGUCAGAGGCGGGAGAUUGAGAAGAUGAUUAAUGGUCGCAUGGAGCUGGAAGGAGGAAGACUCUCCCGCUCUAGCAGUGCUAUGUCUUAUCAGCAGCUCACAGCAUAUGCAUCAAGUCCUGUGCCAAGUUUAAAAACUGGCAACAGCACAGACAGAAAUAAAAAAGUCAUCUCUUCUAACCCUGUUCUGCUUGCUAUGAAGGAAAGUCACGCCUUGGUAGCUGACGCACUACAAGAUGUGCUAGGCCCACGAAUGACAGGCGAUAGUCAUUUAGUGUUCAAGCAAAUCCUAGGAGAUGUUUUUAUGGGAAUGUACGACACAUCUGGUUCUAGACAAAUCCUUCAGAAGGAGUUAGAAAAAGCCAUUCUGAUGAAAGCAGAUGAAAAUAAAUUAUUUUCCCAUUCACCCUGGUUGAACAAAGUGAAACAGCUCUUCAGUUUGUCUCUUGUAAAUUCAGGUGUGAUAGUAGCAGGUCCACCAGCAUCUGGAAAAAGUUCUUGCAUUAGUACCCUUAUACAAGCUCUCAAUCAUAUCCAAGUCUCUAGUGAGAAGCCAUCCCAUAAAAUUGUGAAAAUCAACCCUCUGAGUGUGGAUAACAGAACUCUGAUGUUUGGUGGCCAGAAUGCAUCACACAUGUGGCAGGAUGGAGUUGUCACAUAUGUGUGGAAGAAGGCAAUCCGGAAUCACUGCAAUACAUGGCUAUGGUUUGAUGGACAUCUGACCUGCAGCUGGGCUGACAACUUUAACAGUGUUCUAGGACCAGAAAAGGGAAUUUUGUAUAUAGAGGGAGAUGCUCUUGGUUGGAGACCUCUAUCUAAAAUUUGGCUGGAUGGGAGAAACCAACAAGAAAAUGCAGUUCUGUCAAAAGCCUUCUAUAGGACUUUGGAUCCAGUGUUCAAUCUUAUUCUCUAUGAUACCAAGCCGGUUGUUCCAGUCACAGAAGUUGGCCUUUUCUGUUCAUGCACGAACCUACUGACGGUCAUGUUGAAUGACAAGGCUCAGAGUAUCGGAGGACAGCUGCAUAUUGAGAGGCUUUUUGUCUUCUGUCUUAUUUGGUCAGUUGGCACACUCAUUGAAACUUCAGAAAGGAAGAGGUUCAGUGAGUUGCUAAAGGUCUACACAUCAGUUUUACCAGAUGAUGAGCAAGAGAUUUCUGUCUUUGACUAUUAUCUUGAUGAGUCAGGAGAGUGGGACACAUGGCAGUCACGCUUACCUGACAUCACAUAUGUUGGUAAUACAGACAUCAUGGGAGAAGUGUUUGUUGAAACACAAGACACAAUUAUAGUUCGCACCUUCUUAGAAUAUGCCAGCAUGGGAUCGCAACAUGUCUUGUUAACUGGACCUCAGGGAUGUGGGAAGACAGCGCUAAUGAAUGACUUCAUCUCUACCCGAGAUCGAGCCCGUACAUUGCUCAAAAGAAUGGUGUUUUCAGGAUCUUCAAAGGCGAAAGAACUACAAGAGCUUCUAGAGCAAAAUAUAGUCCAUAGGCAAGGCUUCAUAUAUGGUGCAAGAGAUGGGAAAACAUUGCAUCUGUUCAUUGAUGAUCUUAAUCUCCCUACACCCGAUGAAAAUGAGGUGCAGUCUUGUAAUGAGCUGCUAAGAAUGAUUCUUGACAAUAAAGUUUUGGUGAGAUUGAACAAACCUUUUGAGUGGCAGACGCUGGAGGGACUCCUGGUCCGAGCUGUGAUGGCCGUACCCCAAUAUGCCAACAACACACAAAGAAUGGCAGCUCAGCGGCUACUGCGCCACUUUUCCAUAUUUUAUCUUCGGGAUAUUGAGGGCUCUCAUCUCCAACAAGUGAUCUUCUCUAUACUGGAAGCAAACAUGGGUGACAAGGAUGGCCUCACCUUGCAAGAAGAUCUUCAGCUAUCCCUGGUCAAUGCUUCAUGCCAUCUUCUGGAGUCUGUGAAGAAAGUGUUGGUACCAUCUCCUACACCAGGCAGACAAUACUACCGGUUCUCUUUACGAGAGAUCACCAAAGUAUUUCAGUCUCUUCGAAGACUGUCCAGUGAAGAUCGUGAAGACCGUAGUACUGUUGCAGCAUAUUGGCAGCAUGAAGUUCACCGUGUUAUACGAGACAGGCUGUGUCGACAUGCCGACAUCAACUGGUUUGACUCAGAAAUGACCCAAAAAAUUAAAGAGGUUUUGCUUCAGUCUCUUGCCAAACUAGAUGAUGUGCAAAGUUUCUUGAAGACCACUUUACAACAUUACAAUGAGGAACUUGGGCACCAAAAGCUGCACCUUGAAUUAUCAGAGAAUUCUGUAUUGCAGAUAAUCCGUAUACACAGAGUACUCUCUUCUGAGAAGGGUGGCAAUGCAUUGUUGGUGGGAUGUAUUGGGUCUCACCUAUCAACUUUAGUGAAGCUAGCCCUUUAUGUUGCUGACAUACCUCUACAUGUAGUGGAUACAUCUGGGCACAACAACUUUGUCAGUAGUCUGAAAUCCGCCAUCCAGAUUUCUGCAGUUGAAGGAAAACCAACAGCUAUUCUGUUAACUCAACCCAUGCGGGCCCGGGGGCAGAGGGAGGCCCAGUCAGGAGGCUGGGGCUCAGCAGCUGAGGUUGAGGAGGCCGGGGCCCCAGUAGCGGUGGUGGUGGAGGAGGCCAGGGCCCUGUGGCAGCGGUGA